AUGGACGACUUGUUCGACGUCUUCGACGACGCUCCGCCAUCCAAGAAUACUGACAUUGCGAACGACAAACCCACAAAGAAACGCUCUGCCAAUGGCCAUGUCAAGACUCCCGAACCCACUUCUACAAACCAGGACUCUGCCACUCCCGCCGCCGACCCGAACGAUGAAGACCAUGGUGUUCCAGUACCUGCCGAGUCCGACAUACCAGCAACCACCUCCGAGUCCAAGCGCCAGAAACGCGACGAACCUGCUCCAGUCGUAACUGACUCCUUCGAAACCGAACAAUCCAGAGAAGUCGCUGCUGCUGCCGGUCUCCAGGCCUCAAAGGACGAGGCAAACGUCGUUCUUUCGCAUCAAGUUCGCCAUCAAGUCGCCCUUCCUCCGGACUACGAUUACAUUCCCAUUUCGCAGCACAAGCCUCCACCAAAUGGUCCCGCCAAAUCAUACCCCUUCACCCUUGAUCCUUUCCAGCAAGUCUCGAUCGCCAGUAUUGAAAGAAACGAGAGUGUUCUGGUCUCGGCUCACACCAGUGCCGGAAAGACGGUCGUUGCCGAAUAUGCAGUUGCUCAAUGUCUGCGCGAGAACCAGAGAGUCAUUUACACCAGUCCCAUCAAGGCUUUGAGUAACCAGAAAUUCAGAGAGUUCCAGGCCGAAUUUGGCGAUGUCGGCCUCAUGACUGGAGAUGUUACUAUAAACCCUACAGCCACUUGUCUCGUUAUGACCACUGAGAUUUUGCGUUCUAUGCUGUACAGAGGUUCCGAAAUCAUGCGAGAAGUUGCCUGGGUCAUUUUCGACGAAGUCCACUAUCUCCGCGACAAGUCUCGUGGUGUCGUUUGGGAGGAAACCAUCAUCCUCUUGCCCGACAAGGUCCACUACGUCUUCCUCUCCGCUACCAUCCCUAACUCAAUGCAAUUCGCCGAAUGGAUCACCAAAACUCACAACCAACCCUGCCACGUCGUUUAUACCGAUUUCAGACCUACUCCUCUUCAACACUAUCUCUUCCCCGCUGGCGCCGAAGGUAUUCACCUUGUUGUUGACGAGAAGGGCACCUUCCGCGAGGAGAACUUCCAAAAGGCUAUGGCAACCAUCGCAGACAAGGCUGGAGACGAUGGUUCCGACCCCAUGGCGAAGCGAAGAGGUAAGGGCAAGGAUAAGAAGGUGAACAAGGGUGGCAGGAAGGAAGGUCCCUCGGACAUCUACAAGAUUGUCAAGAUGAUCAUGAUGAAGAACUACAACCCCGUUAUCGUUUUCAGUUUCAGCAAGCGCGACUGCGAGAACUACGCUCUCCAAAUGAGUCAACUGGCUUUCAACGACGACAACGAAAAGGCGAUGGUAAAGAAGGUCUUCGAGAGUGCCAUCGAGAUGCUCAGCCCCGAGGACCGUGAGUUGCCUCAGAUUCAACACUUGUUGCCUCUUUUGCGCAGAGGUAUCGGUAUCCAUCAUUCUGGUCUUCUUCCCAUUCUGAAGGAAACUAUCGAGAUUCUCUUCCAAGAAGGUUUGAUCAAGGUUCUGUUUGCUACCGAAACAUUCUCGAUUGGUCUCAACAUGCCUGCCAAGACUGUUGUUUUUACCAGUGUACGCAAAUUCGAUGGUGUCGCCGAGCGCUGGGUCACUCCUUCCGAGUUUAUUCAAAUGUCUGGACGUGCUGGAAGAAGAGGUCUCGAUGAACGUGGUAUCGUUAUUAUGAUGAUUGACGAGAAAAUGGAGCCAGCAGUCGCGAAGGAAGUUGUUCGAGGUGAGCAGGACAAGCUCAACUCGGCCUUCUAUCUCGGCUACAACAUGAUUCUCAACCUGAUGCGUGUCGAGGGCAUUUCACCCGAGUUCAUGCUUGAGAGAUGUUUCUACCAAUUCCAGAACACCGCCAGUGUCGCUGGACUGGAGAAGCAGUUGCUCGAGCUGGAGCAGGAGAGAAACCACAUGAGCAUCGAGGACGAGCCAACUAUCAAGGAUUACUACGACCUACGCACACAGCUCAACAACUAUGCAAAGGAUAUGCGCGAUGUUGUGAAUCACCCUCAACACUGCCUUCAAUUCCUUCAGUCUGGCAGACUGGUCAGAAUCAAGCACAACGACCACGACUUUGGUUGGGGUGCUGUCGUUAAUUUCGCCAAAUGCCGUCCUCCCAAGGGUCAGCCCGUGCAAGACCCUCCUAACGCCAGCUCUUAUGUUGUGGAUGUUCUGCUCCAGGUUGCUAGCGAUGUUACUGUACCUGCUAACAAGAACAACGACGAGCUUCCUCCUGGUGUUCGACCUCCUGUGGCUGGCGAGAAGGGCAAGAUGGAAGUUGUACCGGUCUUGCUUUCAACUGUCGACGCAAUUGGUCAUCUUAGAAUCUUUUUGCCUACAGACCUGAGAUCACCCGAGCAGAGAAACAACGUUCGCAAGGGGCUAGAAGAGGUGAAGAGAAGAUUCCCUGACGGUAUUGCCAUCCUUGAUCCUGUUGAGAACAUGGGUAUCACAGAUGAAGGCUUCAAGAAGUUGCUUCGCAAAAUUGAGAUUCUCGAGUCAAGAUUGCUCUCGAAUCCCUUACACAACUCGCCUAGACUGGCAGCUCUCCACACUCAGUACGAGCACAAGGUUCAGCUUGGCAACAAGAUCAAGGAGGUCAGAAAGCAAAUCAGUGAUGCCAUGUCUGUUUUGCAAAUGGAGGAGCUCAAGCACAGACGAAGAGUUCUUCGCCGCUUGGGCUUCAUCAACGAAGCAGAUGUGGUGCAGCUCAAGGCUCGCGUCGCCUGUGAGAUUAGUACCGGUGAUGAAUUGGUUCUCAGUGAGCUGCUCUUCAACCGCUUCUUCAACGAGCUCACGCCCGAACAAUGUGCGGCUGCCCUCAGUUGUUUCAUUUUCGAGGAGAAGAGCAACGAGACACCGACGCUGAAGGAAGAGCUCGCCAAACCCUUCCGCGAGAUUCAAGCCCAGGCACGCACUGUGGCUAAGAUUUCACAGGAGAGCAAGCUGGCUGUCAAUGAGGACGAAUACGUUGAAGGCUUCAAAUACCAGCUUAUGGAGGUUGUCUACAAAUGGUGCAAUGGUGCAUCCUUUGCCGAGAUUUGCAAAAUGACCGACGUGUACGAAGGCAGUCUGAUCCGUCUCUUCAGACGUCUCGAGGAGCUUUUGCGACAAAUGGCACAGGCUUCAAAGGUUAUGGGAAGUGAGGAGCUCGAACAGAAGUUCGAGACGGCGCUCACCAAGGUGAGACGUGAUAUUGUCGCGGCACAAUCGCUGUACUUGUAA